AUGCUUCAUGUUGUCAUCGUUGGCGCGGGCAUCGCCGGUCUAGCGGCCGCCGUGUCCCUGCGACGCGCCGGCCACCGCGUCCACCUGUACGAGCAGUCCUCGCUAAACAACGAGAUCGGCGCCGCCAUCACUAUCCCGCCGAACGCGAGCCGAAUCCUACUUGCCUGGGGCGUCCGGCCGGAGGACUGGGAUUUUGUCGUAUCUGAGGGCGCCAGCAGCCACGACCCGUUCACCAUGGAGAAGACGAGCGACUUCCUGACGCGCGAGACGGCGCGCGAGACGGGCGGCACGCCGCAGUACCUCUCGCACCGCGUGGACCUGCACAACUGCCUGAAGUGGCUGGCGACCCGGGCCGAGGGGCCGGGGGUGCCGGCAAUGAUCCACCGAGGAUGCGGCGUCACUUCGAUCGAUCCGGUAGCGCCGUCCAUCACGCUACGAGACGGCAGCACGAUACCCGCGGAUUUCAUCGUGGGCGCCGACGGGGUGCACUCGCGCGCCGCGGCGGCGGUGCUGCAGCGCGAGGUAAAGGCGAUCGCGCCGAAGUACUCCAACCUCUGCUACCGCUUCCUGAUCCCAGCCUCCGUGCUGGAGGAGGAUCCGAAGACGAGGCACUGGAACGUCGGCAACAGAUCGCGUAUGCGAGUCUUUCCGCACAACGAGACGCAGCGACGGCUGGUGUCCAAUACGGUUCAUAACUUUGUCGGGUUGUUUCACGAUGAGUCUGCGGGACUGGGCGCAUCAGAAGAUUGGCAGGCAUCGGUGGGAGUCGACGAGAUUGUCAACAAGUUGAAAGACUUUCACCCGGGUAUCGUAAAUGUGAUACGAAAAGCCAAGGAUGUUAAGCGAUGGCCUUUACUCUACCGCCCUCCGCUGGAGAGCUGGCACCGGGAGAUGCUCGUCCUCGUCGGCGACGCUGCACCCUCCCAAAAGCACUUCCCCUAA